AUGCUGGUUGUUCUCGGUUUUCAGGCCAAACAAAAUGUCCAUGAGAACAGCAACACACCAGCACAACCCUCGCGUGGCAGCGUACAUCAGUCGGAACAGGUGCGUCCGGGGAUGGCGACACGCAGCUUGACGUCGUCUUCAACAGCUUGGCAUCGCCCGUGGGUAUUCUUCCGUUCAUUCACGACAUCACUGGCAGUUAGGGUGACGUUGGUGCCUCGGGGCAAGGCAGCAAUCGGAAAGGCAGCUGCUGGAGCUCUAGGAUGGCGACGGGAGAAAGAGAAGGAGAACGGAGAAUGGAGGGGGGGGGGUAACAGUCGCACCCGACAGUCCCGUCGUCGACCUAUUCUCGCCGGAAGGAAAUAG